AGAUACCCUGUUACUCAAAAUUAUACUAAGCGGCGAAUAUAGCCAUAAGAAAGUGGCAGUGUUGCACAGCCUUGGGACCUAUGACAUUUAUUUUCGUAUUAUUGUAUCAACAGUACUUCAAGGAACGCUUGGUGGGAUUUGAAGAAGAAAGCAGCUGGCGACAAAAGAAUACAGUAAACUGAUACACUGUCUGGUUCCAGGCAGUUUAUGAGAAUGUCAAUUACGUAGUCUCAUCUCAUCUCUCUCCACGAUCAUUAGCCGUCCUCUAUAUUUGAUAUGUCAUCUCCAUUCCCGUUUACCUCAAUUUCUUUAAGCAAAUGUUCAACCAAGAAUCUCCCCACGUCUCUCUAUUGCCAGGUGUGAUUCUCUUUCCUCUUCCAUCACCAAAUCUCACUUCUCUCUCUCAGCCCCCCCUGCCUGAAAAAAUUGACCAGUUCUGAUCCUAACUAUAUGCACAAUGAAACACAGUUUAAUUAAUUCCUCCUCUUUAGUCUUAUAAUCAUCAAUUCUUUUCAUCAUGUGUCUUUUAGUCAAGUACAAGGUACGUGUUUAAUCCUGCUGAUAUGGAAGUUUGCGUAAUAUUUUAGCUCCAUAAUUGCUUCAAUUCAGUCCUGUUGAUGAGUUGUACUCGGCCCCGUUACAAAGAAUUAAGAACUUGUUGUAUACUAUUAAUUGCCAAUAAUGAAAUUAAGAUAUUGUUGCAGAAGCUUAAGUCAAUGCUUUCAAAACAUUCUUGGUUCCUGUUGGGUAUAAAUACCUCUCAUUGGUCCUGUUUUCUUUUCAAGCAUCGAGUUUUUCAAGCUUCUGCAAACUGCUUGACAUCAAAUAAACACUCUAAUAGGCUAGCCAAGAACAGGAAUUAACAGGAAAAUCAAUGGAGCCUAUUGGAGUCACUUUGGAGGGAGAGUGGAGCUCUCUUAGUGAUGUGUACACCAGCAAGGAGGCUGAUUUCUUGGCACAAUUGCUCGGUAAUAAUGAUUCAAGUUCAAGCUUGGGAGUUCUAUCUUCUUUCUGGUCUAACCAUAAAUCAGAAAUGAACAUGGCUGGAGUCGAUGAAGGUUCAUUUCAUACUAAUUUCUACAAAUUUUCACAAGGGAGUAGUAGUUAUAGUGGAGGCAGCAGUUUUCUUUUUCCCACCUCAAGUCAGGAGAGCUACUACUUGAGUGAUUCUCAUCCAGUUUUGGUUAACAAUAACAGUUCCAUGUCUAUGGAUUUUUGUAUGGGAGAUGUGACAAAUACUGACUCGUAUCUUGUUGAAGGCGACGAGUACUGCUCGAACCAGGAAAUAAGCAAUGGCAAUGUGGAAGAAUCUGGUGGAAACCAGCAGCCUUCAGCUGCUGAUCUGCCUGAUAACAGUUUGCAGCCCAAGAAGGAACAAGAGAUGCUGGCGCCAGAACCAUCGACGACAGAAGAUAAAAGCAACAUCCAAUCUGAGAUUUCUAAGAAAAGAUCGCCGAGUGCAGGAGAUGCUCAAAAGAACAAGAGGAAUGUAAGGCCUGAGAAGAGCCAGAAGUUAAUCUCGAGCAGCAACAGUGAUGAAGAGAGUAAUGCAGGCCUUAAUGGGCCAGCCUCAAGUAGCUGCUGCUCGGAGGAUGACUCAAAUUCAUCCCAUACGCACAAUGGAGGAGCUAGUUCAAGUUUGAGCUCGAAAGGGACUUCAGCCCUCAACUUGAAUGGCAAAACGAGAGCCAGUAGAGGGGCGGCGACUGAUCCCCAGAGCCUCUAUGCAAGGAAAAGAAGAGAAAGAAUAAAUGAGAGGCUGAGAAUUCUACAGAACCUUGUGCCUAAUGGAACAAAGGUUGAUAUUAGUACAAUGCUAGAAGAAGCAGUUCAUUAUGUUAAGUUUUUGCAGCUUCAAAUUAAGCGGCUAAGUUCUGAUGAUCUUUGGAUGUAUGCCCCCAUUGCUUAUAACGGUAUGGACAUUGGACUUGAUCUGAAGCUCAGCACAUCAAGAUGAAGGUUGAAAUUAAAAAGAGAGUGGUGAUUUGGAUUUCUGAUAAUAACAUAUAUCAAGUUACAUAUCUAUAAUAUAAUAAAAAGUUCAAUCUUUAAUGACAUUUUGGAACGGGUAUAUUGUGCACGAGCAUAGAGCGUUCCUCCUAUAGCAAAAAAUUCAAGAGGAGAAAUCAUCAAGAAAAUUCAUCAAAUUAUUCAUGUUGUCACUUUUGUUUAGUAAAUAUUA